GUCACCUCAAGGCAUGCAAUAAGUAAGGUUGACGUGAAGGGCGAAAGAAUGUAUGAUCAAACACCUCGUGGUUGGCUGUUCGGGUAGCUGAAAAGAAAUAAGAUAACCUCUUGCUUGGAUAAUCCCAGUAUACUUCCCAAUGCAUGUAGACCGCUGGAAACUCAUUUGUUGCCACCUAUUCCUUUACUCCUUGCUAGGUUUCCUGAGGGAGGCGAUUUUUCAGCCAGACUUUCACUGCCGUAUGAAGCUCACAGGGCUUCAAGAAAGGGAGCGGAUUUUGAUCUCUUAAAUAUAUAUCUUUGAUGCUCUUUGUUCGUCGAAUCUCUAGCCCUCGCCUUCGGAAUUCUCCUUCGAUAUCACAUUGACUUCUACUCACACUUCCGCUCGCUCCAGAAAGAUUUCAUCAUGUCUCUGCCAAUACCUGAUGAAGUAUAUGAAGUAGAUGAUGUCGAUAUUAUGCCCCCGAUAAAGCCUUUUUGCGAUAACGACCCGUUCGAUGGUACAAAGCAGAAUAUUCCUUCUCAUUUUCAUGGUAUUCUAAACAAAUUUCUGCAUGACAACAUCCAAACGAAGAUCACAGGCCACACGAUGAUAAUCAGCCAACCUGGCUAUAAUUUACAACUGACAUCCAGAUACUUUGAAGUUAAUGAAAAAUCCUGGAUGUUGGAGGCACUCAAGCCACGACGUGAUGGCUCAGCGUACAAAUUCCUCUUCCUAGCACACCAUAUCAUACUAAACUUCGCGACUAACGAUCCAUACCUUUCUAAAUGGGACGAUAUUGCCAGAAAAUUGAAGACGAAUGUUUUUGCUCCCCUCUCCAUGAGCGACGUCGGUUUGGAGAUCGUUGGCCCCUCUCCUCGCAGAUGCCAUAGGAUCUACCCGCCCACGAUAGAGGGGCUCGAACUCCGAUAUCUCUUUGCGAGCGAAAGCCCCAACGACCCUAUUCCACUGGGCUUUGAGGGAAAUUCAGAAAAUCGGGACGACCUUAAAGAGAUUUCCAGAUUGAAUGAAAAGAUGAAGCAACAUGCGUAUGGAAGGAUUGAAAUCCCGGACGAAUGGACGGAAAAUUAUCCGACGUCGCGACACAAAGGCAAAGAGAAAGCUCCUGCUUCGUCCUCAUAACUAUCUCCGCUAUUCAGACGCAAUUGGAAAGACGUAUCUUUGAGGGAAGUCGUCGAAGAUGAUGAUGCCUAGUGCUCAGAGCAAUAGCAAUUGCCAUGGCCAAGAUGUCACACGGACAGGUCUACUAGGACUUCAGAAGCCGAACUUAACCGAUGCCACCCCUAGCGAAGAGUGAGGCUAUAAGCGAUUGGAUAAGGUCAUUCCGUUAGCUGCAAAAAGAUACCAACAGAUAAAGCAUGAGUGCCCAACGGGCAAGGGAGUUAUAAAUUAUAUAAAACUUAAAUAGAUAUAAAUUGCCCAAAAAUCUCUCUUUA